AUGAAAUAUAUACCGCCAUUAAAUUUUUCACCGGUGGUGAGCACUGAUGUGUCACUAUACCGGUCAGGGUAUCCGAUGCCGUUGAACUAUAGUUUCAUCAAGCAUCAGUUACACUUGAAGACAAUCAUAUAUAUUGGUGAUAAAGACACUCCUCUCGAAGAAUACCAGAACUUCUUGAAGCUGGAGAAGAUAAAGUAUUAUCACAUAUUUAUGGAUUCCAGCCGAGAUGAGGGCAUUCAGGAAAGGAUGAACCAAGUAUUGAACUUGGUGCUAGAUGUCAGAAACUACCCCAUCCUGGUACAUUCCAAUAAGGGGAAACACCGCGUUGGUGUAGUGGUGGGAAUCAUAAGGAAGUUGCUGCAAGGAUGGUCCACCGCAGGUAUAUAUCAAGAGUACGGUUUAUUUUCUGGAGGGAUGAAGGAUGGGGUAGAUUUGGAGUUUAUCACAAUGUUUGAAACUAAUCUGAAAAUACCGAGAAAUAUAAUUCCUGGUUUUGCUAAACAUUGCUUGUAUUUAAAUGAGCUGGAGGCUGUGGAAGGAAGUGAAAAUGAGUCAGGUAGUGAAUCCAUACUUACUGCUAAGCAAUCACUAUGA